AUGGACCCUCUUAAGUACCUAUUUGAGAAGCCAGAUCUUACUGGAAAGUUGGCAAGAUGGCUGCUCAUGUUGAUAGAAUUUGAGCUCAAAUAUGUCACCAAAAAGUUAGUGAAAGCAAGAGCCGUUGCAGAAUUCUUGGCUGACCACCCCGUCGAGGGGGGUGAGGAUGCUGAGUUUGAGUUCCCAGAUGAAGAUCUGAUGACCAUAGUUGAGGAUGUUUGGAAAUUGUACUUUGAUGGAGCUGUCAAUCAGAGAGGGUUUGGAAUUGGCGUGUUUUUUAUUUCACCUAAAGGAUCACACAUUCCACUUGCGUUCAAGCUAAAUUUUGAAGUCACCAACAAUCAGGCGGAAUAUGAGGCCAACGGUGAUUGGAAAGUUAAAGAGGAAAAGCUAAAGCUAUACCACCAGGACCUUGAAGACCUCAUCCCUCAUUUCAACAAAGUGACUUUUACUCAUGUACCAAGGCUUAAGAACCAAUUUGCAGAUGCCCUCGCAACAUUGGUGGCCAUGGUCGAAAUUCCCAUUGGUGUGAGAUUAAGACCCAUCGUAAUUGAGCAAAGAGAUUCACUGUUAUGUUUCCAUGGCGUGGAAGCCAAAAGGGUAAUGAAAGAGAUUCAUGAGGGAGUGUGUGGUCCUCAUAUGAACGGCAUGAUGCUUAGAAAGAAAAUUUUAAGGCAGGGAUACUUUUGGUACACCAUAGAAACGGAAUGCAUAGAGUAUGUGCGUAGAUGUCACAAGUGCCAAAUCCAUGCCAACCUUAUGCUUGUUUCGCCAUCAGAACUACAUCAGAUGACUUCUCCCUGGCCUUUCUUAGUAUGGGGGAUCGAUGUUAUUGGAAGAAUUGUGUCGGCGGCGUCCAACGGCCACAAGUUCAUCUUAGUUGCCAUUGAUUAUUUCACAAAGUGGGUAUUUGUAUCAGAUAAUGGCCACUUCAAAAGCCGUGCAAGGGACGUUUUGGAGGAGUUUCAGAUCCAAGUGCACAAGUCAACGGUUUACCGGUUACAAACUAAUGGAGCAAUAGAAGCAGCAAACAAAAUAGUCAAAAUGAUUUUGGAAAAGACCAUCCAGUCCUCAACAAAUUGGCAUGACCAGCUGCCAUUAGCAUUAUGGGGAUAUUGGAUGUCCGUUCGUACUCCAACAGGAGCGAUACCCUACUCUCUGGUCUACGGUAUGGAGGCCAUGCUCCCCAUUGAGCUAGAGGUUCUAUCUCUUUGA